AUGGUGAAGUUUGGACACCCGACUGUGAAGUCAGGGCUGCCAGAAGUUCUGCAGUCGACAAUCGAAUUCUACCAUGAAACAGGUGAUGAGCGCAAGCUGAAGGCAUCCAUGGAUUGUGAAGUCGCCCAGAUUCUCAGGGACAAGAGCCUCCUGUUGUGGGAGGAGAUGCGCAAGUCGGUCAACUGUCCAGACAUGGGUGUUGUUGAUGAGUUGCGCAGUGGUACUGAUUUGGUUGGAACUCUUGAGAAGACAGGGCUAUGGCCUACAAAAUUCCAGCCUGCGCUGGUGACCUUGGAUGAGCUGCACGAUAUUGCAGUGCGUGAGCGUGCGGGUCUGCAACAGCAGUUUGCUGGUGUUGGUGGGGCUGAGUUCAUCGAUCAAGUCUGGGAUAAAACUAUGGAAGAAGUUAAGACUGGAAUUUUAGAGGGGCCAAUCCCUUUGCAAGAAAUUCCUGCAGACCAUCCCUUGAAUCGUCGCUUUGGAACCCAGCAGGGACAGAAGGUAAGGCAGUGCGCCGUGAAGCCAUCCUCAAAGAAGUAUGCCUACAUCAUUGUGAACAGCCGGUCUGGUGAUAAGGUUCCUCCAUUUGGUGCUAUGUUUCAAGCGCUUGGAGUCACUAUUGACGUGUCGACGCUGCACAAUGGUCUUGUCAACACGGAGAGCAGGCGUAAGGAGCUGGUUGAGUUCUUGGACUUGGUGAUCGCACGAGGUCACAUGACAAAGCAAGAGGCGUUGCUAUGUCCGCGGAGCCAGACCCUGGUGCCUGAACAACAGGUCUUGACAAGACGCAUUGACUCCCUGGAGACAGCUUCGGGAAAUGCGUGGGGCUGCUGCUCCAUCUCGCUCUGCAGGCACUACAUGGGUGGACAACUUGGUGUCUACAACAUCGAGCAAGGCGAUGAGAGGAGUGAGCCGCAUGGUGAGGCAGCUGAGAUCUCCCCAGAGUUUAUCUCGGCUGAGUUGAUCAAGAACUACAUCAGGCACCUCAGAAACGAUGGGUCUGGGCACACCGCCUACAAGGGCUUUGCCGAGGCUUACCUCUGCAAUGAGAGGCAUGCUUUGGUGGACCGCUAUGCAGCGGGCGUCUUUCUGUUUGCGAUAUACUCCAGGGCCAGGUUUGGAGACUUGCGGAAGAUUGCAAGGGUCCUUUUUGACGAGGCAACUGGUGUCAAUGAAACUUCACUGGGCUUCAUUGAAAUGCAUUCGGAGUCCCACAAGAUGAGGGCAACUGGGAACAGACUUGGUGCACACCUUCCUUUGAUAGCACCCAUCAAAGGUUUGAGUGAGAUAGCCUGGGGUCUGGAGUUUGCGAAGGUAUCAAAGCUUGUUGUGCUUGAUGUCAAGUCUUGGGCCAAGGGGAAUCCCUUGCUUCCAGCACCUACACAUAUCGGGGACUGGACUGACAGAUCGGUUACAUCUUCAGAAGUUUGCAAGUGGAUUCAUGGAGUUUUACAGUCAUGUCAUGACUUCGAGCCGACUGGUUUUACACCACAUGGCUGCAAGGCUACAACACUCAUCAUGCUUAGCAAGUAUGGUGCAUCCCCCGAGGAUCGUUUGAUUUUGGGACACCACCAACUCAAUCGUGGUGCGCUAGAGGUCUAUGCCCGUGACCUCCAGAGCUCACCAUUACGGGUCCUGGAACAGAUGUUUGCCGAUAUCAGGGGCGGAAGAUUCUCUCCGGACACCACCAGGUCUGGGAUGUUCACACCGGUCCCAAACCAAGUGAUUGUGGAAAGCACAGGCAUAGAUGGAGUUCGGAGCCCAGUCGCUGUUAGCGUGAACCCAACACCAACAUCUCCAGCUGAUGACACGCAGGAGACAUCAGAACAUGCCUUCUCUGCCAGGGAACCUGUACAAGGUCCAGAGACGGUUGCCGAUGCCAUGCCGCUGCAGAGGUUGACUUCUGAGAGCAAUGUUAGUGAUGAUUCAGAGUCGGAGUUUUGCUCUGAUGAGUCUGAUGCAGAGGAGGUCAUCAGGGACAUGGCCACAAGCCAGCCCCUCAGCAAAGAGUACAAGCCUUUUCAUGCCAGAUUCUUUGUAGAUGCCUUGAAGUGCCAGCAAUGCAACAAGGGUCAGGUGCAGACCCCUGAGGGGGAGCGUGCGGCAGUCGCUGGAGCGGCAGUGAAGCGGGCCCGUAAAGCUGCUGGUGGCAUGGCAACGAUCCUUGAGUCGGAGGCAGCAUUCAAUGCACGGGCCUUGGAACACGGCUUGACAAGGGCACAGCUUGAACGACUACAGAACCAGGGCCUCACCAAUCUUUCCAAGUUAGCUUUCUCCUUGACGACGCCUGGAACAGUGCCUCCUGACGACGCCUUGAAGGGGCUCUUGGCCGAUAACCUGGAUGAGGUUACUAUUGGCCAGCUUAGUUCGAUCAGGAGGCUUAUGUUUGACGCACAAACCCUAUGUGCGUCCCAAAUGAAAACUACAAUCAGUGGUGCUGACCAUGGUCGAAAGGCCGAACUUGUGCCUGCAGAACGUGCCACAAGGAUCCAGCAACAAAGGACCCGUCUUCAGGGCAUGGAACUCACAGGACCUCUUGAAUGUGCCCACUCAUCCUAUGACUACGUGGCAAAAAUGUUGGAGGCAGAUGUCCCAAUGUAUCUUGAGCCUCAUCGUUUUACCACAAGGGCAAGUGAGGUUGCCCGCGAGCGUCCUGGCAAAGAGUUGGUGCUGGAUAACAUCAACCUCACGGUCAAGGACGUGGAAAGGAAAGACAAAUGUCAAAUCAGUAAUGAACUUCAGCUGCAUCAGGCACUUACCAGGAUUCCGCCAACCUACCAUGGAGCAAGUCCUCAGGGCAGACCGAACAGCCUGGGUCAAGAUGGCCGAAAAGGUCACUACCUUGAGGCGCCAGGCGAUGGAUCCUUGCCACUGAACAGAGCGCUAGACGAACUUCCAGCAGAUCCAUCCAUCAUGUUCCACUUGAUGCCCUUGCCGGUUGACAAGAGUACAUCGACGCCCAAGCACACCGAGCCAAAAUCCACGGCUGGCUCUGACCAAGGCCCUCCAAACAUCCGGAAGAAGGACAAGAAGGUCAAACAGGCCAAGGGCAAGGGCAAGGGCAAGACAAAGGACAAGAGUGCGGACGUGGACUUCAUCAAUGCAUGCGAUGCUUUGGGGCCCACUCGGCCCACCAGUGCAACUCUGCACUGGCUUGACAAUCUCAGGAGGGUGCAAGACAAGUCAAUUUCAAACCUUCUUUUCAUAGAAGUCUUUUCGGGUACAGCAGGCCUCACGGCCGAAGUUCGACGCCUUGGCUGCCAGCACAGUACUGGUGUUGAUGCCCACGUCACAAAGCAGGUCAAGGCGCCAGUGCUCCGUUUGGAUCUUUCAGAUGAAUCUGGGCAAGCUUUACUUUGGCGGCCGUUGGAGCCAGUCAGACACAUGCUGGCAGAGGGUGGGCCACUGCCCUUGAAGUUGAGUAUCCUCACGGGCUUUGCCGUGAGUGGGCAGCUUGUUUACGUCAAGCCCUCCUGGCUCAUGGCGCCUCUGACGUUUGAAGAGCUAAAACGACAAGGAGUGGACGGCCUUGAGUCAUCACCACCCCAUGCAAAGGAGAUCCUCAAGAGCAAAAACUUAUGCCUUUUUGCGGAGGCAUGUGCGCAAGUGAGUCACGUCCCUUUUGCGGAGCUCAUCGAAGCGUCUGGGUCGCCGGAUGUUACCUUGGCAUCAGACAUCGCAAGAGGAUUUGAUCUGAUGGGGUCCAUCCGUACGGGGGGCGUGUUUCCCCACAAGCCGCUGUUUGCAACUUUGCUCCCUGAGCAGGUCAGGGAGAUGUCUGGCAUGGCCAGGAUUGCAACUUGGAAUGCGGUCAGGAGAGGCAGAGAUAAUGAGAUGUGCCAAGAAAUUUUUGAUGCAACCAUUGAGGAGUGCGACAAGGGUUGGAUGCGUGGACCUUUCAGCAUUGAGCAGCUUCCUGAGAGCUCCAUCUUAACUCGCCGCUUUGGCGUGAGGCAGUCAGCAACACUGGCAGAUGGAAGCAAGGUCGUCAAGUUUCGGCCCAUCGAUGAUUUCUCUGAGUCUCUGAUCAAUACAACAAACUCAUGCGAUGAGUCCAUCCAGCCGAUGGGUGUGGAUGCGAUUUGUGCCACUUUGGUCAGGAGGAUGCAGUCUCGCCCGGGGGACCAGUUAGUUUGCAAGACUAUUGAUCUCCGAAAGGCUUACAAAAACCUUCCGUUGUCAGAAGCGGCGCUGGAUGAUGCAUACAUCUGUGUUUACUCACCGGCUGACGGGGCGCCCCGGGCUUUCCAAACGCUGGUGCUCCCAUUUGGAGCGCGAUCAGCUGUCAUGGGUUUUUGCCGCACAUCUUACGCCAUCUGGCGCAUAGGUGUGGUGGUGUUCAAUCUGCAUUGGACGGUUUACUUUGAUGACUUUUUCUUGGUGGCCGAAAUCUACGAGUCUAAACAUGUUGACCUAGCACAACGGCUUCUUUUUAUGGUUACUGGUUGGCAAACGUCAGAUGAGAAAGAAGGUGGAUUCAGCUCCAUUUCAAGAAUCCUGGGCGUGCAGAUCGACCUGGGAGACUCUCAUUUGGCUUCUGUUACCAUUUCCAAUGUUGAAAGCAGGGUGCGUGAGCUGACAACGACGAUAGAUGACUUGUUGGCAAAGGGUAGCAUGACCACUGCUGAGAUGAGGGCCCUCCGUGGCCGUCUGGUUUUUGCAGAGGCCCAGAUUUUUGGCCGUCUUGCAAGUGUCCACAUGAAACGGCUGUCCAGACUUGAAAGCCUGGUUGGGGAGGUUGCCAUUGACCAGGAACUUGGUGAAAGUUUGAUGUUUCUCAAGGACCGGGUCAUCACUGGCGGCCCUCGACGGGUACUUGCAUCAGUUGGCCGUGUUUUUUCUUUAUACACAGAUGCAUGUUUCGAGGAAUCUGUGGGUGGUGUCGGAGGCGUGUUGUAUGACCGGAAUGGUGUCAUGCUAUCCUUCUUUUCAGAGCAGCUUCCUGCUGGUCUAGUGGACCUCUUGAACCCAUGCCAGAAACAGAACUUAAUUUUCGAGUUGGAGGCACUCGCAGUGCUUAUGGGUGUGUCGUCUUUGCUUGAUCCUUUGGCAAUACAGCCGUGUGACCGUAUUGUGAUUUUCAUUGACAACAACUCGGUGCUUGCGAGGCUGAUCUCUGGCUCAGUUGGUACUGGAGUCGACCGCUUGAUCUUUGAAGGGAUUUUGCUUUGGGAGUUCACCGUGUGUGCGGUGACUUGGUUUGAAAGGGUGGCUAGCCAUGCAAAUGUUGCAGAUGAACCCUCCAGGGGUGUUUACAACCACCUUGAUGAAAGGUGUAGGAUCAAUGUAGAUCCUGACAUGUUUGUCAAUGACCUCUUGGCUCGCUCUAGAGCAGGUCAACAAAAUGGGGGGCUGGCACCUGCAGCAGAACUCCCCAAGCGUUAA